GCCAGCACAUAAGAGGGCAGCCGCAGAGGGGACCGAGGAGGACCCACAGGCUCCCGUCUGGAGAAGCCAGCCGUAGGUGCAGCCUGUUCUCCUGACCCCCAGCCACCGCGAAGGAUGAAUUUCUUCCAGCACCAGGCUGACCCAGAACAAGCCACGAGCCAGCAGCGGAGGGGACCCAGGAGCUCCCAGAAGACCCCGGCGCCCGCGAACACCCUGUACACCCAGUAUGAGGAGAAGGUACGCCCGUGCAUCGACCUCAUCGACUCCCUGCGGGCGCUGGGCGUGGAGCAGGACCUGGCCCUGCCCGCCAUCGCCGUCAUCGGGGACCAGAGCUCGGGCAAGAGCUCCGUGCUGGAGGCCCUGUCGGGGGUGGCCCUCCCCAGGGGCAGCGGAAUCGUGACCCGGUGCCCGCUGGUGCUGAAGCUGAGGAAGCUGUCGUGGGGCUCGUGGAGCGGGAAGGUGACCUACCGUGACACGCAGCUGCAGCUGCAGCACCCCGCCCAGGUGGAGAAGGAGAUCUGCAGAGCCCAGGACCUCAUGGCUGGGAGAGGCGUGGGCAUCAGCCACGAGCUCAUCAGCGUGGACAUCAGCUCCCCCGGGGUGCCCGACCUGACGCUCAUUGAUCUCCCGGGCAUCACGCGGGUCCCGGUGGGGGACCAGCCCCAGGACAUUGGCCUGAAGAUCAAGACUCUCAUCCAGAAGUACAUCCAGAGGCAGGCGACCAUCAACCUGGUGGUGGUCCCCUGCAACGUGGACAUCGCCACCACUGAGGCCCUGAGCAUGGCCCGGGAAGUGGACCCCGAGGGAGACAGGACCAUCGGGGUCCUCACCAAGCCCGACCUCGUGGACAAGGGCACGGAGGGCAGCAUCCUACGAGUGGCCCAGAACCGCACCUACCACCUCAAGAAGGGCUACCUGAUGGUGCGCUGCCGCGGCCAGCAGGACAUCGCCGACCGGCUGGGCCUGGCUGAGGCCGCCGAGAAGGAGACCAAGUUCUUCCAGGGCCACCCGCACUUCAGGACCCUCCUGGACGAGGGCAGGGCCACCGUGUCCUGCCUGGCAGAGAGACUCACCUCCGAGCUCAUCCUGCACAUCAACAAAACGCUCCCGUUCUUGGAUGAGCAGAUUCGGGGGAGCUACCAGAGGGCGACCGAGGAGCUGGGCCUCUACGGGGCCAACGUGCCCAGCAGCGACACCGAGAGGCUGCUCUUCCUCAUCGAGAAAAUCAGGGCGUUUAACCGGCACAUCGAGAAGCUGGUGGAGGGGGAGGAGGUCCCGCCCGAGAAGGAGAUGCGGCUGUGCAACCGCGUCCGGGAGAACUUCAGCAACUGGUGCAUGGUCAUCCUCGCCCACGCGGAGAAAGCGAAGAACGUCAUGCAUGACGAAGUCUCCAAAUAUGAAAAGAGCUAUCGCGGCAAAGAGCUCAUAGGAUUUGUCAACUACAAGACAUUCGAGAUCAUUGUGCAGCAGCACAUUGAACGCCUGCUCCACCCAGCCCUGGAAAUGCUGCAGAAGGCUGUGGAGAUCAUCCGUCAGACGUUUGCGGACACAGCCAACAUCCACUUUGGUGAAUUCUUCAACCUGAAUCAAACAGUCCAGAAGCUCAUCGAAGACAUAAAAGUAAAGCAGAUGGACAUCGUGGAUAAUCAGAUCCGCCUUCAGUUCAAAAUGGAGCAGCAGGUUUAUUGUCAAGACCACAUUUACGGCAACAUCCUCAGGAAAGUCCGGGAAGAGGCAUUUAGCCCACUGGGAAAGCCUUUAAUGAUGCCAUCGAAAGCCCCAAAUAACAGUUCAACAGCUUCCUCCGCCAAUGAGAUUGGGUUACACCUGAAUGCCUACUUCCAGGAAGCCAGCCAGCGCCUGGCCAACCAGAUCCCGCUGAUCAUCCGGUUCUUCAUGCUCCAAGAGUACGGGGAGUGUCUGCAGAAGUCCAUGCUGCAGAUCCUGCAGGACAAACAGAGCUUCUCCUGGCUGAUGCAGGAGCAGAACGAGACCAUGCUCAAGAGGAAGUGCCUCGUGGACAAGAUUCACCGGCUGGACCAGGCGCGCCAAGCGCUCUACAAAUUCUACCAUGCAUAA